CACACUCCUCUCUGUCUUUCUGCACUCGUCUCAGCUGAAGUGCCACUUUCAUCUUCGUUAUCAUCUGUUCCGCUUUCUCCAGACUUUUUUGAAGAACAGGUGAGUAUGUUGGGUUUUUCAUCAGACAUUAAGAGACUUUAUUUUGAUGUAAAUAUUUUUGCUGUAACGUCUGCUGCACGUGUGGUGCAGGAAGCUUAUGGUGUCUACAGUUACCUGAGGCAGUAGAAACAUCUAGAGAGGCACAGCACUUUCGCAGCACAUGGAAUUAUAAGAGCACCAGCCAUUUGGGUUUGGGAUUGUUUGGGACUAAAUACCCAGGAUCUGACCCUCUGAGUAUCAGAAGACAAAAUGGAGGUGUGAUAAUGUGUAUAAUAAGACCUCCCUUUGGUUUAUACGCAUGGUGAAAUGCGCCUCCCAUUAAAACUGGCAAAAUAGAUUAAACUAAGGGAGAAUCAUGUUAAAAAUCUGUCACCCACUUUUCAAAAAAGACAUCAAGUACAGAAUAGAAAUGUGGUGUUGAUGCUUAAAGUGUUUCUUAAAGAACUUAAGUGCUCUGUUGACUGAUAACAAUCAUCUUUAUCCUCAUGCUUCCUUCUUAUCUGAUGCCAACAGUUUCAUGCAAGACAGAACCUGUUGCUUUCUUACAACGCAGGGCAGCACAGUUGCAUUUAAAAUAAGGUAAGCCAAUGCCAAACACUCAACCUGCUUUUUGAACAGGACUAAUGAAUCUGCUUGUAUGUUUUCCCUUACACAGGCUAGGAUGGUGUCUCCUGCUAUUGCUCUGGCAUUUGUCCCCCUCCUGCUGACACUGAUUAUCAGGUACCGUUACUACUUCGUGCUGCUCUAUCGAGCAGUCCUGGUCAGGAUCUGGAAGGACUGGGUAACCGGUCUGAGCCGAGAGGAGCGCGCCUACCAGUAUGUUCUGACUCAUGCCACCCCUGGAGACCCUGACAGUGUCCUUGACACCUUUGACGCCUGGUGCAGCAAGAUGGAGUUCAUCAGCAACAUUGGACCUAAAAAAGGGAAGAUCCUGGACAGGCUGCUGAUGGAGCAGAGCCCUCUGACAGUGCUGGAGCUGGGGGCCCACUGCGGGUACAGCACUGUGCGGAUCGCCCGGGCUCUGCCGCUAGGUGCCAGGCUCUACAGCAUCGAGAUGGACCAGAGGAAUGCUGCCAUUGCUGAGAAAAUCAUCCGCCUGGCAGGGUUUGACGAUGACACGGUGGAGCUCAUUGUGAGUCCAUCUGACGAGGUGAUCCCUAAGCUGCGGUCUGAAUAUGGUUUGGAGAAGCUGGAUUUUGUCUUCAUGGACCACUGGAAGAAAUGCUACGCUCCUGAUCUGCAGAUGCUGGAGGGCUCUGGUCUGCUGGGAAAAGGAUCUAUGAUCGUGGCUGACAAUGUCCUCUUCCCUGGGGCUCCAAAGUUCCUCAGACACAUUCGCAAAAGCGGCCUGUAUGAGUGGAAGAUCCACCGGGCCACACUGGAGUACAGCAAAGGCAUCAGGGAUGGGAUGGCUGAGCUGGUGUAUCAAGGAAUCAAGUAGAUCGUGCAGACUGGGAUAUCACACAGAAGUGGCAAGCGAUGAAUUGACAAUAGUAUACCUCACAUUCAAUCAAAUUUUAAAGGACACUUUAAGGGAAAAUUUAAAUCCUUCCCCAAUAAGUUACAUACGCCUGCCAGCUGCAGUCCUCCUGUCUAGUUUUUCAGAGACAAAUUAGACCACGCUGGCAGCGCCCCCUCCUGUACAUAAAGAGAAUUAUUAGGAAAAGAAAUGGUCGUACAAAUUUAGCACAGUCGCCUUUUCAGAAACAAUCGGCCCUUGUAUUCCUGCGGUGGAUCUUUGCCUCACGUCACCACCCGUCACUCGCUUCUGUCAGCUGUUUAAUAAAAGCAAAAACAUCAGAAGGAAAUUCUUUUUAAAAAAUAGCUUGUUUAUUUCAACUAACAAAUUUGAAAACAGAACACAAGAGUAAAGCAAUUGUUAUGUAAAUAUUAUAUUGGUGAGUUUAUAAUAAAUGUCCUUUAUGUAAACGUUUCAUAAUGAAAACUGCUGUCACACUUACCUGCUAAAAUCAUUCCUGAAAUGCUGAAUUACUUAAAGUGAAUGAUGCACAUUGGCACUACUUGAAUGCUAAAUUUCACCCUCAUUAAGGCUGUUUUACCAUAAAGUCUUUUUUAAAUGAGCCAGACUCAGUCCCCUUAAAGUGGACCAAAAAAUGAACCAACAACAGCUUUCCAUUUUAAGGGAAUUUAGUUUGGUUUGUUUAAAAAGGACAAUUCAGGUGACCCUUUUAUCAGGACCGAUCUCUUAACAGUGAACCUGAAUCCAACCACAUUACAAUUUGUGUAAUAGAAUUAGAAUUCUAUUACACAAAAUAUAAUUAGAAUUAGAAUUCUUAAUAAUUUCAGUAAAAUAAUAAAACCCUGGUAAACAGUCCAAACACGAGAGAAAUUUGAGAGACUCUCGAUGUGUUCAUAUUUCCAUAUACAUUCUCACUUAUGAAACUGGAUAUCUGUAACCAAAGACAAGCAGCAUACACAACACUGCUAUGAAACAGAACUGGACAACAUAGUGAAGUGUCCUUCAUAAGUAACACAUUAUUUAGCUGACUAAACCGUUGUUUCCGCUUAGUCAGCUAUUUGGGGACUUCGCUGAGAAGUGGCACAUCGCUGAAUAAAAUCAAAGUUCAAGUAA